AUCAAGAAACAGCUGAUCCUCCUAUAUAAGGCCCAGUCCAGCGUCGGGCUCCUUAUCCUUGAGGAAAAUGGGUCUCUUAACAACUGGAUUAGCUGUUGCAGCAGGCGCUGGAGGAGCAGUGGUCGCUGCUCCUGUUGUUCUGGGAGCCGUAGGUUUCACCUCCGUUGGAAUCGCAGCAGGCUCCUGGGCUGCAGGCAUGAUGUCGUCUGCUGCCAUUGCUAACGGAGGAGGGGUGGCAGCAGGGAGUCUGGUGGCUGUUUUGCAGUCAGCAGGCAUGGCUGGUCUGGGUACGGCUGCCACUGCAGGCGUGGGCACUGCUGGAGGAGCGGUGGGACUUUUGGCUGCUCUCAUCUGAGAUCAAGCUGGAAAUCAUGAAGGAAUAAUAUUUUUAUUUUUUUAAACAAUGUAUUUGUGUUUGAAAAUCGGAAAACAAAUGCCAGCAAUAUCAGUGAAGUCCAACUUUAUCUGUCAGUAAAGCAAAACUUGAUUGAAAUGUGAAGGAAAAUAAAGUUUAUCUUUUUGCAAAACACA